GCUCAGCCCAGAGGAGCAGCCACACAGAAAAAAAGUUUAAAUCAACUUAGAGCAGAAGAGGGAGGGAGAGAGGGGGGAGAAAACGCCCUGGAAAUUUGGUUGAUCGAGAAAUAGGAAAAGAGUGACAGAAUCCUAACAGACAGCAAAGUUGUGACUGGAAGAAGUGCUUUUCUUGGGCUGGGGAGAAGCAGAGAGGACACGUUUUCAAGGAUGCUCAAGCUUGUGUGAGACUUCUUGGGCGCGAAGACUGCGCACAGAAGUCAACAAUACAAGAACCACAGCAUCAGACUGAAGCCCUUGGCCUUGCUUGAGCAAUCCAAGGAAAACCAAGAUAGAGUUUCUAUCACACCAGGGCUUAAAUAAAGGAAAUCAAAAACAAGAUGGCUGAAGAGGAGGAAACAAGGGAGGUUCUCUUUCCAGAUUGGGAGGGUACAGAUAAAACUGGCUUGACCAUUGAACAGACAAGUGGAGGAGAGUUCUUUGUUAAGGAAGUGAAAGGAGAGUCACCUGCAGCACGGUCUGGAAAAGUAUAUGAAGGUGACCAGAUUGUAGGCGCCACUGUCUACUUUGAUAACAUGAGCUCAGAAGAAACAGCUGAGCUAUUGAAGACAUUGAACCGCCACAAGGUUGGUCUGAAACUACAAAACAAAGGAGACAAAUCCCCUUACUGCUCGCCCUUGAGCACACCAUGUCGUUCACCAAUGGGCACCCUGACAUGGGAAGGGAAGACCCGGUUUGGAGGUUCUAGUCCAGACAUCAUCCUUAGUGGGGAUGAUGACGACUAUAAGAGAAUAUACACAAAAAAGAUUAAACCAAGGCUGAAGUCUGAAGACCUUGCAGAGGGAGUAGAUGUUCGCACAGAGCGGCAUAGCAGCACAAGCAGCGAUGGCAGCACAAUUACUACCAUCACCCGCCGUAUCACUACCUACACUGUGGAUAUGCCGGGUGGCAUAAGUGAGCAACUUGAACUUUCAAGCCCAGAGUUCAAGGGGCUAAGGCAUGAAUCUGGAGAUGGCUCUCCUCGUAUCAGAAUCCCACAUGGCAGCCCUUCAGGUAAAGUGGGAGCAGAAGAGGGAGUUUUUGAGUCAAGCAAUGUCUCUUACACUGGGCCACAAGUUAGCUCCACAGAGACACACUGGAGCAGUGGGGGAGUUCAGACUACAACUAUUACAAGAGAGGGAGAAAGAGAAAGAGGUACAGGUCUCAAAUUUAAAGGGGCUAACUUUGGAGUAACAGGGGGUAAAGGCCAGGGAGGCUUUGAGUACUCAAGAGGGAGUGGAGAGAAAGGAGAUGGAAGCAUUCAGGUGUCAGAAACAAGCACAACACUAAGAGACAGUGCAAACACUGGUAAUAGGUAUGUAACGGUAGGAGGGUUGGGAGGUGCAGCGGUAACCUCAACUGAUGAGAACAGAGGGUCAAUUAGUAUGUCAUUACCAGGAAAAAGCAUGCAGAUUAUGACUUCAUCCAUGGAUAAAACACAGGAGGGAAGUGUUGACACCAGUUUAGGUGAGAGGACAAAGGUAAAGGUAUCUGAAACUACCAUCAGUCACCCACAGGCAAAGGGAUCGGGUAGUAUUGAUAUUCCGAAUGUCAGACAUGGUGGAGGUUCCAUAGAUAUUGAUACUGAAUUGAGAGGUGGCAGGAUAGGAGGAUCAGCAAUAACAGUAGGCAAUGUUACCUCAGGAUAUUCCUCAGGGCCAGGCAAGAUUUCUAUGGCAGGUGUGGAUGUCAACCUUACAGGUUCAAAGUUGAAAGGUGAGGUUGAUCUACCGAGCACAAAGGGAGGAAUAAAAGCAUCUGGAAUAGACACUGACGUUCCAGGCUAUGAAACUGAGGGCACUGUGAGUGGCAUAAAAAUGUCAACAAUCAAGAUGCCUGUGUUUGGAAUGAAAGGAAUCAAGAAAGGGGGAACUAGUGUUGAAGUUAAACUCAGUGGUGAAGCAGAUAUGUCAGUACCAGUAAUACAUGAAGAGGUGCAAAAGCCAGAACUAGACUUCAAAGGGACAGAUAUGCAGAUCAAAGGUCCUAGUGCUAACACUGCAGGACCAGUUGUAAAUGUAAAACUUCCAGAAGCUGACAGUGACUUCAAAUCACCUGAAAUAAACUCUAGCAUUCAAACCAAAGUACCAAAGAGUGAUAGCAAAUACAAAAUGGAGGUGUCAAAGGUUAAAAUUCCAUCUACAGAUGUAAACCUGAAGGGUUCUAAGGUAGAGGGAAAUAUUGAUGUAACAGUGCCAAAGACUGAGGGAGAAAUAAAGGCACCCAAAGUAGACAUUAAAGGUCCAGCUAUAAAUAUUGAGGGGAAAGAAGGGGAUUUAAAAAUGCCUCAGAUAAAGAUACCAUCAUUUGGGGCCAAGGGACCAAAAGUUGAUGUAAAAACUUCUGUGGUUGACAUUAAAGCACCAGAAGUUGAUGGUGGGGACUCUGAUGUAAAAACUGAAGGACUGAAAUUCAAGAUGCACUCCAAAACAGGACCCACAAUGCCAGAAUGGGAUAUCAGUCUGAAAGGAACUGAGGUAAAGGGAGAUGUGGAUGUGUCAGUUCCAAAGAUUGAAGGACACACAACAAAGCCUGAAGUUGAGAUCAAAGGACCAGAAGUUGACAUCGAAAGGCAUAAAGGUGGAUUUGAGCCGAAAAUCAAAAUGCCAUCGUUUGGCUUUAAAGGUCCUAAGGUGGAAGCUGCAGAUGUUGAUAUAAAACUUACCAAACCUGAAAUUGAUGUCAAGACACCUGAGGUUCACAUUAAAGCAUCCGAAGUUAAUGUUGAAAGCCCAGAUGUAGACAUAAAAGCUCCCAAAGUGGAUAUUGACAUUGAGAGACCUGAAGGUGGAUUCAACUGUCCAAAAUCUACAAUGCCAUCCAUUGGCCUGAAAGGUCCAAAACUUGAAGGUGAUGUGGCUGUUUCUGUACCAAAGACUAAAGGAGACAUAACAGCACCUGCAAUUGACGUCAAAGGUCCACAAAUUGAUAUUAAAGGGACAAACAGUGGUGUUGAAAUUCCAAAAAUCAAAAUGCCAACAUUUGGUACAAAGGUCAAGGGUCCAGAUCUCAACCUUCCCAAAGGUGAAAUUAUUGUAAAAACACCGGAAUUGGACGUUAAAGCUCCAGUGAUUGAUGCUGAAGGCCAUGAACUCAAAGGACCUAAAAUUAAAAUACCAUCCAUAAAAGGAUCAAAGAUGCCAGAUGUGGAUAUCAAACUUGAAGGUCCGAAAGUUGAAGGAGAUGUGGAUGUAUCAAUGCCAAAGAUUGAAAGACACAUGAAAGCUUCUGAAGUGGAUAAUGAAGUACCAGAUGUUGACCUUGAGGGCUAUAAAAGUGGAUUCAAACUGCCUAAAGUAAAAAUUCCAUCAUUUGGAAUUAAAAGUCCAAAAGUGGAGGGGCCAGAAGUCGAUAUUGGUCAUCCAAAAGCUGACAUUAAUGUGAAAGCUCCCGAUGUGGACAUCAAAGGGCCAAAAAUCUCGAAGCCGGAUGUGGAUUUACAUGUCAAAGAUCCUAAACUUAAAGGUGAUGUGGAUGUGUCAAGGCCAAAGAUUGAAGGACAGACAAAAACACUUGAUGUAGACGUUAAAGGUCCACAGGUUGAUAUUGAGGGGCCAAAGGGUGGAUUUGAAAUGCCUAAAAUCAAAAUGCCAUCAUUUGGCUUCAAAGGUCCAAAAGUGGAGGGGCCAGAAGUCGAUAUUGGUCAUCCAAAAGCUGACCUUAAUGUGAAAGCUCCUGAUGUGGACAUCAAAGGGCCAAAAAUCUCGAAGCCGGAUGUGGAUUUACAUGUAAAAGAUCCUAAAAUUAAAGGUGAUGUGGAUUUGUCAAGGCCAAAGAUUGAAGGACAGAUAAAAACACUUGAUGUAGACGUUAAAGGUCCACAGGUUGAUAUUGAGGGGCCAAAGGGUGGAUUUGAAAUGCCUAAAAUCAAAAUGCCAUCAUUUGGCUUCAAAGGUCCAAAAGUGGAGGGUCCAGAUGUUGAUAUAAACCUUCCCAAAGCAAACAUUGACAUGAAAGCACCUGCUGUUGACAUUAAAGGACCAGAGGUCGAUAUUGAGGGGCCAAAGGGUGGAUUUGAAAUGCCUAAAAUCAAAAUGCCAUCAUUUGGCAUAAAAGGUCAAAAAGUGGAGGGUCCAGAUGUUGAUAUAAACCUUCCCAAAGCAAACAUUGACGUGAAAGCACCUAUCAUUGACAUUAAAGGACCAGAGGUCGAUAUUGAGGGGCCAAAGGGUGGAUAUGAAAUGCCUAAAAUCAAAAUGCCAUCAUUUGGCAUAAAAGGUCCAAAAGUGGAGGGUCCAGAUGUUGAUAUAACCCUUCCAAAAGCUAACAUUGACAUGAAAGCUCCUGAUAUGGACAUUAAAGCUCCGGAGACUGAUAUUGAAGGACCUGAUGAAAAAAUCAAAGGACCCAAAUUCAACAUGCCAUCCAUUUCAGGGCCGAAAAUAUCCAUGCCAAAUGUGGAUUUCAAUCAGAAAAGUCCCAAACUCAAAGGUGAUGUGGAUUUGUCAGCUCCGAAGAUUAAAGAAGACAUAAAAACACCUGAAUUUGACAUCAAAGGUCCACAGGUUGAUAUUAAGGGGCCAAAGGGUGGAUUUGAAAAGCAUAAAAUCAAAAUGCCAUCAAUAUCAGGGCCCAAGAUGCCAGAUUGGGAUAUUAGUCUGAAAGGACCAAAAGUAAAGGGAGAUGUCGAUGUGUCAGUUCCAAAGAUUGAGGGUGACAUAAAAGCUCCCAAGGUCGAUAUUGAAGGACCAGAUGUUGACAUUGAGGGCCACAAAGGAGGAUUUAAAAUGCCUAAAUUUAAAAUGCCAUCCUUUGGGGUGAAAGGUCCAAAUGUUGAAGGGCCAGAAGUUGAUGUUAGCCUCCCGAAAGCUGAUAUUGAUAUUAAAGCCCCUGAAAUGGACAUCAAAGGACCAGAUUUUGACAUUGAGGGUCCAAGUGGAAAAAUCAAAGGACCCAAAUUCAACAUGCCAACCAUUUCAGGACCGAAACUUUCCAUGCCAGAUGUGGAUUUCAAUCUGAGAGGACCCAAACUCAAAGGUGAUGUGGAUUUGUCAGCUCCAAAGAUUGAAGGAGACAUAAAAACACCUGAGUUGGACAUCAAAGGUCCAAAGGUUAAUAUUGAAGGUCCAAAAGGUGGAUUUGAAAUGCCUAAAAUCAAAAUGCCAUCAUUUGGCUUCAAAGGUCCAAAAGUGGAGGGUCCAGAUGUUGAUAUAAAUCUUCCCAAAGCAAACAUAGACGUGAAAGCACCUGGCGUUGACAUUAAAGGACCAGAGGUUGACAUUGAAGGACCAGAUGCAAAACUGAAAGGACCCAAAUUCAGCAUGCCAACAAUUUCUGGACCGAAAAUCUCCAUGCCAAAUGUUGAUUUCAAUCUGAAAGGUCCCAAACUAAAAGGUGAUGUGGAUAUGUCAACUCCAAAGGUAGAGGGAGCCAUAAAAACACCUGAAGUUGACAUCAAAGUUCCAGAGGUUGACAUUAAAGGACCAAAGGAUGGAUUUGAAAUGCCUAAAAUCAAAAUGCCAUCUAUAUCAGGACCCGAGCUGCCAGAUUGGAAUAUUAAUCUCAAAGGUCCCAAAAUGAAGGGAGAUGUCGAUGUGUCAGUUCCAAAGAUUGAGGGUGACAUAAAAGCUCCCAAGGUUGAUAUUGAAGGACCAGAUGUUGACAUUGAGGGCCAUGCAGGAGGAUUUAAAAUGCCCAAAUUUAAAAUGCCAUCCUUUGGGGUGAAAGGUCCAAAUGUUGAAGGGCCAGAAGUUGAUGUCAGCCUCCCGAAAACUGAUACUGAGAUUAAAGCACCUGAGUUGGAUAUCAAAGGACCAGAUUUUGACAUAGAGGGUCCAAGUGGUAAAAUCAAAGGACCCAAAUUCAACAUGCCAACCAUUUCAGGACCCAAACUUUCCAUGCCAGAUGUUGAUUUCAAUCUGAGAGGACCCAAACUCAAAGGUGAUGUGGACUUGUCAGCUCCAAAGAUUGAAGGAGACAUCAAAACACCUGAGUUUGACAUGAAAGGUCCAAAGGUUGAUAUUGAAGGUCCGAAAGGUGGAUUUGAAAUGCCUAAAAUCAAAAUGCCAUCAUUUGGCUUCAAAGGUCCAAAAGUGGAGGGUCCAGAUGUUGAUAUAAACCUUCCCAAAGCAAACAUUGACGUGAAAGCACCUGACUUUGACAUCAAAGGACCAGAGGUUAAUAUUGAAGGGCCGAAGGGUGGAUUUGAAAUGCCUAAAAUCAAAAUGCCAUCAAUUUCAGGACCCACAAUGCCAGAUUGGGAUAUUAAUCUGAAAGGGCCCAAAAUAAAGGGAGAUGUCGAUAUGUCAGCUCCAAAGAUUGAGGGUGACAUAAAAGCUCCCAAGGUCGAUAUUGAAGGACCAGAUGUUGACAUCGAGGGCCACAAAGGAGGAUUUAAAAUGCCCAAAUUUAAAAUGCCAUCCUUUGGGAUGAAAGGUCCAAAUGUUGAAGGGCCAGAAGUUGAUGUCAGCCUCCCAAAAGCUGAUAUUAAAAUUAAAACCCCUGAGUUGGAUAUCAAAGGACCCGAUAUGGACAUUGAGAGUCCAAGUGGAAAAAUCAAAGGACCCAAAUUCAACAUGCCAACCAUUUCAGGACCGAAACUUUCUAUGCCUGAUGUUGAUUUUAAUCUGAGAGGACCCAAAAUCAAAGGUGAUGUGGAUUUGUCAGCUCCUAAGAUUGAAGGAGACAUAAAAACACCUGACGUUGAGGUCAAAGGACCAGAGGUUAAUAUUGAAGGGCAAAAAGGUGGAUUUGAAAUGCCUAAAAUCAAAAUGCCAUCAAUAUCAGGGCCCAAGAUGCCAGAUUGGGAUAUUAAUCUGAAAGGGCCCAAAAUAAAGGGAGAUGUUGAUUUGUCAGCUCCAAAGAUUGAGGGUGACAUAAAAGCUCCCAAGGUCGAUAUUGAAGGACCAGAUGUUGACAUCGAUGGCCACAAAGGAGGAUUUAAAAUGCCUAAAUUUAAAAUGCCAUCCUUUGGGAUGAAAGGUCCAAAUGUUGAAGGGCCAGAAGUUGAUGUCAGCAUCCCGAAAGCUGAUAUUGAGAUAAAAGCCCCUGAGUUGGAUAUCAAAGGAUCAGAUUUUGACAUUGAGGGCCCAAGUGGUAAACUCAAAGGACCCAAAUUCAACAUGCCAACCAUUUCAGGACCCAAACUUUCCAUGCCAGAUGUUGAUUUCAAUCUGAGAGGACCCAAACUCAAAGGUGAUGUGGAUUUGUCAGCUCCGAAGAUUGAAGGAGACAUAAAAACACCUGAGUUGGACAUCAAAGGUCCACAUGUCGAUAUUGAAGGUCCAAAAGGUGGAUUUGAAAUGCCUAAAAUCAAAAUGCCAACAUUUGGCUUCAAAGGUCCAAAGGUGGAGGGUCCAGAUGUUGAUAUAAACCUUCCCAAAGCAAACAUUGACGUGAAAGCACCUGACGUUGCCAUCAAAGGACCAGAGGUUAAUAUUGAAGGGCCGAAGGGUGGAUUUGAAAUGCCUAAAAUCAAAAUGCCAUCAAUUUCAGGACCCACAAUGCCAGAUUGGGAUAUUAAUCUGAAAGGGCCCAAAAUAAAGGGAGAUGUCGAUAUGUCAGCUCCAAAGAUUGAGGAUGACAUAAAAGCUCCCAAGGUCGAUAUUGAAGGACCAGAUGUUGACAUCGAGGGCCACAAAGGAGGAUUUAAAAUGCCCAAAUUUAAAAUGCCAUCCUUUGGGAUGAAAGGUCCAAAUGUUGAAGGGCCAGAAGUUGAUGUCAGCAUCCCAAAAGCUGAUAUUAAAAUUAAAACCCCUGAGUUGGAUAUCAAAGGACCCGAUAUGGACAUUGAGAGUCCAAGUGGAAAAAUCAAAGGACCCAAAUUCAACAUGCCAACCAUUUCAGGACCGAAACUUUCUAUGCCUGAUGUUGAUUUUAAUCUGAGAGGACCCAAAAUCAAAGGUGAUGUGGAUUUGUCAGCUCCUAAGAUUGAAGGAGACAUAAAAACACCUGACGUUGAGGUCAAAGGACCAGAGGUUAAUAUUGAAGGGCAAAAAGGUGGAUUUGAAAUGCCUAAAAUCAAAAUGCCAUCAAUAUCAGGGCCCAAGAUGCCAGAUUGGGAUAUUAAUCUGAAAGGGCCCAAAAUAAAGGGAGAUGUUGAUUUGUCAGCUCCAAAGAUUGAGGGUGACAUAAAAGCUCCCAAGGUCGAUAUUGAAGGACCAGAUGUUGACAUCGAUGGCCACAAAGGAGGAUUUAAAAUGCCUAAAUUUAAAAUGCCAUCCUUUGGGAUGAAAGGUCCAAAUGUUGAAGGGCCAGAAGUUGAUGUCAGCAUCCCGAAAGCUGAUAUUGAGAUAAAAGCCCCUGAGUUGGAUAUCAAAGGACCAGAUUAUGACAUUGAGGGCCCAAGUGGUAAACUCAAAGGACCCAAAUUCAACAUGCCAACCAUUUCAGGACCCAAACUUUCCAUGCCAGAUGUUGAUUUCAAUCUGAGAGGACCCAAACUCAAAGGUGAUGUGGAUUUGUCAGCUCCGAAGAUUGAAGGAGACAUAAAAACACCUGAGUUGGACAUCAAAGGUCCACAUGUCGAUAUUGAAGGUCCAAAAGGUGGAUUUGAAAUGCCUAAAAUCAAAAUGCCAACAUUUGGCUUCAAAGGUCCAAAAGUGGAGGGUCCAGAUGUUGAUAUAAACCUUCCCAAAGCAAACAUUGAUGUGAAAGCACCUGACAUUGACAUUAAAGGACCAGACGUUAAUAUUGAAAGGCCGAAGGGUGGAUUUGAAAUGCCUAAAAUCAAAAUGCCAUCAAUUUCAGGACCCAAGAUGCCAGAUUGGGAUAUUAAUCUGAAAGGGCCCAAAAUAAAGGGAGAUGUUGAUUUGUCAGCUCCAAAGAUUGAGGGUGACAUAAAAGCUCCGAAAGUUCAUAUUGAAGGACCAGACGCUGACAUUGAGGGCCACAAAGGAGGAUUUAAAAUGCCUAAAUUUAAAAUGCCAUCCUUUGGGAUGAAAGGUCCAAAUGUUGAAGGGCCAGAAAUUGAUGUCAACCUCCCGAAAGCUGAUAUUGAGAUAAAAGCCCCUGAAUUGGACAUCAAAGGACCAGAUUUUGACAUUGAAGGUCCAAGUGGUAAACUCAAAGGACCCAAAUUCAACAUGCCAACCAUUUCAGGACCCAAACUUUCCAUGCCAGAUGUUGAUUUCAAUCUGAGAGGACCCAAACUCAAAGGUGAUGUGGAUUUGUCAGCUCCAAAGAUUGAAGGAGACAUAAAAACACCUGAGUUGGACAUCAAAGGUCCACAGGUUGAUAUUGAAGGUCCGAAAGGUGGAUUUGAAAUGCCUAAAAUCAAAAUGCCAUCAUUUGGCUUCAAAGGUCCAAAAGUGGAAGGUCCAGAUGUUGAUAUAAACCUUCCCAAAGCAAACAUUGAUGUGAAAGCACCUGGCGUUGACAUUAAAGGACCAGAGCUAAAUAUUGAAGGGCCAAAGGGUGGAUUUGAAAUGCCUAAAAUCAAAAUGCCAUCAAUAUCAGGACCCAAGAUGCCAGACUGGGAUAUAAAUCUGAAAGGGCCCAAAAUAAAGGGAGAUGUUGAUGUGUCAGCUCCAAAGAUUGAGGGUGACAUAAAAGCUCCCAAGGUUGAUAUUGAAGGACCAGAUGUUGACAUUGAGGGCCACAAAGGAGGAUUUAAAAUGCCUAAAUUUAAAAUGCCAUCCUUUGGGGUGAAAGGUCCAAAUGUUGAAGGGCCAGAAGUUGAUGUCAGCCUCCCGAAAGCUGAUACUGAGAUAAAAGCCCCUGAUUUGGAUAUCAAAGGACCAGAUGUUGACAUUGAGGGCCCAAGUGCUAAACUCAAAGGACCCAAAUUCAACAUGCCAACCAUUUCAGGACCCAAACUUUCCAUGCCAGAUGUGGAUUUCAAUCUGAGAGGACCCAAACUCAAAGGUGAUAUGGACUUGUCAGCUCCAAAGAUUGAAGGAGACAUAAAAACACCUGAGUUGGACAUAAAAGGUCCACAGGUCGAUAUUGAAGGUCCGAAAGGUGGAUUUGAAAUGCCUAAAAUCAAAAUGCCAUCAUUUGGCUUCAAAGGUCCAAAAGUGGAGGGUCCAGAUGUUGAUAUAAACCUUCCCAAAGCAAACAUUGACGUGAAAGCACCUGACUUUGACAUUAAAGGACCAGAGGUUAAUAUUGAAGGGCCAAAGGGUGGAUUUGAAAUGCCUAAAAUCAAAAUGCCAUCAAUAUCAGGACCCAAGAUGCCAGACUGGGAUAUUAAUCUGAAAGGGCCCAAAAUAAAGGGAGAUGUCGAUUUGUCAGCUCCAAAGAUUGAGGGUGACAUAAAAGCUCCCAAGGUUGAUAUUGAAGGACCAGAUGUUGACAUUGAGGGCCAAAAAGGAGGAUUUAAAAUGCCUAAAUUUAAAAUGCCAUCCUUUGGGGUGAAAGGUCCAAAUGUUGAAGCGCCAGAAGUUGAUGUCAGCCUCCCGAAAGCUGACAUUAAUAUUAAAGCCCCUGAGUUGGAUAUCAAAGGACCAGAUAUUGACAUUGAGAGUCCAAGUGGAAAAAUCAAAGGACCCAAAUUCAACAUGCCAACCAUUUCAGGACCGAAACUUUCCAUGCCAGAUGUGGAUUUCAAUCUGAGAGGACCCAAACUCAAAGGUGAUGUGGAUUUGUCAGCUCCAAAGAUUGAAGGAGACAUAAAAACACCAGAAGUUGACAUCAAAGGACCAGAGGUUAAUAUUGAAGGUCCAAAAGGUGGAUUUGAAAUGCCUAAAAUCAAAAUGCCAUCAUUUGGCUUCAAAGGUCCAAAAGUGGAGGGUCCAGAUGUUGAUAUAAACCUUCACAAAGCAAACAUUGACAUUAAAGCACCUGAUGUUGACAUUAAAGGGCCAGCGGUUAAUAUUGAAGGGCCGAAGGGUGGAUUUGAAAUGCCUAAAAUCAAAAUGCCAUCAAUAUCAGGACCCAAGAUGCCAGAUUGGGAUAUUAAUCUGAAAGGGCCCAAAAUAAAGGGAGAUGUCGAUGUGUCAGCUCCAGAGAUUGAGGGUGACAUAAAAGCUCCCAAGGUCGAUAUUGAAGGACCAGAUGUUGACAUCGAAGGCCACAAAGGAGGUUUUAAAAUGCCUAAAAUGAAAAUGCCAUCCUUUGGGAUGAAAGGUCCAAAUUUUGAAGGGCCAGAAGUUGACGUCAGCCUCCCGAAAACUGAUAUUGAUAUUAAAGCCCCUGAAUUGGAUAUCAAAGGACCAGAUUUCGACAUUGAGGGUCCAAGUGGUAAAAUCAGAGGACCCAAAUUCAACCUGCCAACCAUUUCAGGACCCAAACUUUCCAUGCCAGAUGUGGAUUUCAAUCUGAGAGGACCCAAACUCAAAGGUGAUGUGGACUUGUCAGCUCCAAAGAUUGAAGGAGAAAUAAGAACACCUGAGCUUGACAUUAAAGGACCAGAGGUUAAUAUUGAAGGUCCAAAAGGUGGAUUUGAAAUGCCUAAAAUCAAAAUGCCAUCAUUUGGCUUCAAAGGUCCAAAAGUGGAGGGUCCAGAUGUUGAUAUAAAUCUUCCCAAGGGAAACAUUGAUGUGAAAGCACCUCAUUUCGACAUUAAAGGACCAGAGGUUGACAUCGAAGGACCGGAUGCAAAACUCAAAGGACCCAAAUUCACCAUGCCAACCAUUUCAGGACCAAAACUUUCCAUGCCAGAUGUGGAUUUCAAGGUGAGAGGGCCCAAACUCAAAGGUGAUGUGGAUGUGUCAGCUCCAAAGAUUGAGGGAGAGAUAAAAGCACCUGAAGUUCAGAUCAGAGGUCUUAACGUUGACUUUGAAUCUCCAGAGGGACAACUCAGUGGGCCAAAGGUGAAGUUACCAAAAAUGACUGGACCAAAAAUAUCAUUGCCAGAUACUGACAUCAAUCUGAAGGGACCAAAGUUGAAGAGUGAUUUGAAAGGGGAUGUUCAAUUGCCAAAAGCUGAACUUGAGGGACCAGAUGUCACAAUUGAUGCUCCGGAAAUUGGUGCAAAGAAAACAAAAUUUAAAAUGCCAAAGUUUGGAUUCAAGGGUCCAAAGAUAAAGACCCCAGAAACUGAUGUGAAAAUGGUAAAAGGGGAUAUCAGCAUCAAAGGGAAGACUGGUAGCUCUGAAGGUCUUGAUCUUGACCUGGGAUUGACUGGUCCGAAAACUAAAGGAUCCAAAUUCAAGAUGCCAAAAUUUGGUUUCAAAGGCCCAAAGGUUGAAAUGCCAGAAGUUGAUAUUAAUCUUUCCAAAGCUGGCACUGAGAUAAAUUCUCCAGAUGUUGACAUUGAAGGACCAGAUGUUAAAAUUGAGAAUCCUGAUGGCAAAAUCAAAGGAACAAAACUCAAAAUGCCACAUAUCUCAGGACCAAAAAUUUCCAUGCCAGACGUGGAUAUCAAUCUGAAAGGACCAAAACUUAAAGGAGAUGUGAAUGUGAAAGGUCCUAAGAUUGAGGGUGACAUAGAAGCUCCUAAAAUAGACAUCGAAGUACCAGACAUUGACAUUGAGAGUCCAAGUGGUAAGAUCAAGGGACCAAAAUUCAAGAUGCCAACUAUCUCAGGACCGAAAAUAUCCAUGCCAGAUGUGGAUUUCAAUCUGAAAGGUCCCAAACUCAAAGGUGAUAUGGAUGUGUCAGCUCCAAAGAUAGAGGGAGACAUAAAAACAACUGAAGUUGACAUCAAAGGUCCAGAGGUUGAUAUUAAAGGGCCAAAGGGUGGAUUUGAAAUGCCUAAAAUCAAAAUGCCAUCAAUAUCAGGACCCGAGCUGCCAGAUUGGAAUAUUAAUCUCAAAGGUCCCAAAAUGAAGGGAGAUGUCGAUGGGUCAGCUCCAAAGAUUGAGGGUGACAUAAAAGCUCCCAAGGUUGAUAUUGAAGGGCCAGAUGUUGACAUCGAGGGCCAAAAAGGAGGAUUUAAAAUGCCUAAAUUUAAAAUGCCAUCCUUUGGGAUGAAAGGUCCAAAUGUUGAAGGGCCAGAAGUUGAUGUCAGCCUCCCAAAAGCUGACAUUAAUAUUAAAGCCCCUGAGUUGGAUAUCAAAGGACCAGAUAUUGACAUUGAGAGUCCAAGUGGUAAACUCAAAGGACCCAAAUUCAACAUGCCAACCAUUUCAGGACCCAAACUUUCCAUGCCAGAUGUUGAUUUCAAUCUGAAAGGUCCCAAAAUCAAAGGUGAUAUGGAUGUGUCAGCUCCAAAGAUUGAAGGAGACAUAAAAACACCAGAGUUGGACAUCAAAGGUCCACAGGUUGAUAUUGAAGGUCCAAAAGGUGGAUUUGAAAUGCCAAAAAUCAAAAUGCCAUCAUUUGGCUUCAAAGGUCCAAAAGUGGAGGGUCCAGAUGUUGAUAUAAACCUUCCCAAAGCAAACAUUGACGUGAAAGCACCUGACAUUGACAUCAAAGGACCAGAGGUUAAUACUGAAGGGCCCAAGGGUGGAUUUGAAAUGCCUAAAAUCAAAAUGCCAUCAAUAUCAGGACCAAAGCUGCCAGAUUGGGAUAUUAAUCUGAAAGGGCCCAAAAUAAAGGGAGAUGUUGAUUUGUCAGCUCCAAAGAUUGAGAGUGACAUAAAAGCUCCCAAGAUCGAUGUUGAAGGACCAGAAGUUGACAUCGAGGGCCACAAAGGAGGAUUUAAAAUGCCUAAAAUGAAAAUGCCAUCCUUUGGGAUGAAAGGUCCAAAUGUUGAAGGGCCAGAAGUUGAUGUCAGCCUCCCGAAAGCUGACAUUAAUAUUAAAGCCCCUGAGUUGGAUAUCAAAGGACCAGAUUUUGACAUAGAGGGCCCAAGUGGUAAACUCAAAGGACCCAAAUUCAACAUGCCAACCAUUUCAGGACCCAAACUUUCCAUGCCAGAUGUGGAUUUCAAUCUGAAAGGUCCGAAACUCAAAGGUGAUGUGGAUUUGUCAGCUCCAAAGAUUGAAGGAGACAUAAAAACACCUGAGUUUGACAUCAAAGGUCCAAAGGUUGAUAUUGAAGGUACGAAAGGUGGAUUUGAAAUGCCUAAAAUCAAAAUGCCAUCAUUUGGCUUCAAAGGUCCUAAGGUAGAGGGCCCAGAUGUUGAUAUAAACCUUCCCAAAGCAAACAUUGAUGUGAAAGCACCUGAUGUUGACAUUAAAGGACCAGAGGUUAACAUUGAAGGACCAAAGGGUGGAUUUGAAAUGCCUAAAAUUAAAAUGCCAUCAAUAUCAGGACCCAAGAUGCCAGAUUGGGAUAUUAAUCUGAAAGGGCCCAAAAUCAAGGGAGAUGUUGAUUUGUCAGCUCCAAAGAUUGAGGGUGACAUAAAAGCUCCCAAAGUCGAUGUUGAAGGACCAGAAGUUGACAUCGAGGGCCACAAAGGAGGAUUUAAAAUGCCUAAAAUGAAAAUGCCAUCCUUUGGGAUGAAAGGUCCAAAUGUUGAAGGGCCAGAAGUUGAUGUCAGCCUCCCGAAAGCUGACAUUAAUAUUAAAGCCCCUGAGUUGGAUAUCAAAGGACCAGAUUUUGACAUAGAGGGCCCAAGUGGUAAACUCAAAGGACCCAAAUUCAACAUGCCAACCAUUUCAGGACCCAAACUUUGCAUGCCAGAUGUGGAUUUCAAUCUGAAAGGUCCGAAACUCAAAGGUGAUGUGGAUUUGUCAGCUCCAAUGAUUGAAGGAGACAUAAAAGCACCUGAGUUUGACAUCAAAGGUCCAAAGAUUGAUAUUGAAGGUCCGAAAGGUGGAUUUGAAAUGCCUAAAAUCAAAAUGCCAUCAUUUGGCUUCAAAGGUCCUAAGGUAGAGGGCCCAGAUGUUGAUAUAAACCUUCCCAAAGCAAACAUUGAUGUGAAAGCACCUGAUGUUGACAUUAAAGGACCAGAGGUUAACAUUGAAGGACCAAAGGGUGGAUUUGAAAUGCCUAAAAUUAAAAUGCCAUCAAUAUCAGGACCCAAGAUGCCAGAUUGGGAUAUUAAUCUGAAAGGGCCCAAAAUAAAGGGAGAUGUUGAUUUGUCAGCUCCAAAGAUUGAGGGUGACAUAAAAGCUCCCAAAGUCGAUAUUGAAGGACCAGAUGUUGACAUUGAGGGCCACAAAGGAGGAUUUAAAAUGCCUAAAUUUAAAAUGCCAUCCUUUGGGAUGAAAGGUCCAAAUGUUGAAGGGCCAGAAGUUGAUGUCAGCCUCCCGAAAACUGAUAUUGAGAUUAAAGCUCCUGAGUUGGACAUUAAAGGACCAGAUAUGGACAUUGAGGGCCCAGGCGGUAAAAUUAAAGGACCCAAAUUCAACAUGCCAACCAUUUCAGGACCAAAACUUUCCAUGCCAGAUGUGGAUUUCAAUCUGAAAGGACCCAAACUCAAAGGUGAUGUGGAUUUGUCAGCUCCAAAGAUUGAAGGAGACAUAAAAACACCUGAGCUUGACAUCAAAGGUCCACAGGUUGAUAUUGAAGGUCCAAAAGGUGGCUUUGAAAUGCCUAAAAUCAAAAUGCCAUCAUUUGGCUUCAAAGGUCCAAAAGUGGAGGGUCCAGAUGUUGAUAUAAACCUUCCCAAAGGAAACAUUGAUGUUAAGGCACCUGACAUUGACAUCAAAGGACCAGAUUUUGACAUUGAGAGUCCAAGUGGUAAAAUCAAAGGGCCCAAAUUCAACAUGCCAACCAUUUCAGGACCCAAACUAUCCAUGCCAGAUGUUGAUUUCAAUCUGAGAGGACCCAAACUCAAAGGUGAUGUGGAUUUGUCAGCUCCAAAGAUUAAAGGAGACAUAAAAACACCUGAGUUGGACAUCAAAGGUCCACAGGUUGAUAUUGAAGGUCCGAAAGGUGGAUUUGACAUGCCUAAAAUCAAAAUGCCAUCACUUGGCUUCAAAGGUCCAAAGUCGGAGGGUCCAGAUUUUGAUAUAAAUCUUCCUAAAGCUAACAUUGAUGUGAAAGCACCUGACGUUGACAUUAAAGGGCCAGAGAUUGAUAUUGAAGGCCCUGAUGCAAAACUCAAAGGACCCAAAAUCAAAAUGCCAUCAAUAUCAGGACCCAAGAUGCCAGAUUGGGAUAUUAAUCUGAAAGGGCCCAAAAUCAAGGGAGAUGUUGAUUUGUCAGCUCCAAAGAUUGAGGGUGACAUAAAAGCUCCCAAAGUCGAUAUUGAAGGACUAGAUGUUGACAUUGAGGGCCACAAAGGAGGAUUUAAAAUGCCUAAAUUUAAAAUGCCAUCCUUUGGGAUGAAAGGUCCAAAUGUUGAAGGGCCAGAAGUUGAUGUCAGCCUCCCGAAAGCUGAUAUAGAUAUUAAAGCUCCUGAAUUGGAUAUCAAAGGACCAGAUAUUGACAUUGAGAGUCCAAGUGGUAAAAUCAAAGGACCCAAAUUCAACAUGCCAACCAUUUCAGGACCCAAACUUUCCAUGCCAGAUGUGGAUUUCAAUCUGAGAGGACCCAAACUCAAAGGUGAUGCGGAUUUGUCAGCUCCGAAAAUUAAAGGAGACAUACAAACACCCGAGUUUGACAUCAAAGGUCCACGGGUUGAUAUAGAAGGUCCAAAAGGUGGAUUUGAAAUGCCUAAAAUCAAAAUGCCAUCAUUUGGCUUCAAAGGUCCAAAGGUGGAGGGUCCAGAUGUUGAUAUAAACCUUCCUAAAGCAAACAUUGAUAUUAAAGCACCUGACAUUGACAUUAAAGCGCCAGAGAUUGACGUUGCAGGCCCUGACACAAAACUCAAAGGACCCAAAAUCAAAAUGCCAUCAAUAUCAGGACCCAAGAUGCCAGAUUGGGAUAUUAGUCUGAAAGGGCCCAAAGUAAAGGGAGAUUUGGAUGUGUCAGUUCCAAAAAUUGAGGGAGACAUAAAAGCCCCAAAACUGGAUAUUGAAGGACCAGAUGUUGACAUUGACAGCCACAAAGGAGGAUUUAAAAUGCCUAAAUUUAAAAUGCCAUCCUUUGGGAUGAAAGGUCCAAAUGUUGAAGGGCCAGAAGUUGAUGUCAACCUCCCGAAAGCUGAUAUUGAUAUUAAAGCCCCUGAGUUGGAUAUCAAAGGACCAGAUUUUGACAUUGAGAGUCCAAGUGGUAAAAUCAAAGGACCCAAAUUCAACAUGCCAACCAUUUCAGGACCGAAACUUUCAAUGCCAGAUGUUGAUUUCAAUCUGAGAGGACCCAAACUCAAAGGUGAUGUGGACUUGUCAGCUCCAAAGAUUGAAGGAGACAUCAAAACACCUGAGUUGGACAUCAAAGGUCCACAGGUUGAUAUUGAAGGUCCGAAAGGUGGAUUUGAAAUGCCUAAAAUCAAAAUGCCAUCAUUUGGCUUUAAAGGUCCAAAAGUGGAGGGUCCAGAUGUUGAUAUAAACCUUCCUAAAGCUAACAUUGAUGUUAAAGCACCUGAUGUUGAUAAUAAAGGACCAGAGAUUGAUAUUGAAGGCCCUGAUGCAAAACUCAAAGGACCCAAAAUCAAAAUGCCAUCAAUAUCAGGACCCAAGAUGCCAGAUUGGGAUAUUAGUCUGAAAGGGCCCAAAUUAAAGGGAAAUGUCGAUGUGUCAGUUCCAAAGAUUGAGAGUGACAUAAAAGCUCCCAAGGUCGAUAUUGAAGGACCAGAUGUUGACAUUGACAGCCACAAAGGAGGAUUUAAAAUGCCUAAAUUUAAAAUGCCAUCCUUUGGGAUGAAAGGUCCAAAUGUUGAAGGGCCAGAAGUUGAUGUCAGCCUCCCGAAAACUGAUAUUAAUAUUAAAGCCCCGGAGUUGGAUAUCAAAGGACCAGAUAUUGACAUUGAGAGUCCAAGUGGUAAACUCAAAGGACCCAAAUUCAACAUGCCAACCAUUUCAGGACCAAAACUUUCCAUGCCAGAUGUGGAUUUCAAUCUCAGAGGACCCAAACUCAAAGGUGAUGUGGAUUUGUCAGCUCCAAAGAUUAAAGGAGACAUAAAAACACCUGAGUUGGACAUCAAAGGUCCACAGGUCGAUAUUGAAGGUUCGAAAGGUGGACUUGACAUGCCCAAAAUCAAACUGCCAUCAUUUGGCUUCAAAGGUCCAAAGGUGGAGGGUCCAGAUGUUGAUAUAAACCUUCACAAAGCAAACCUUAAUGUUAAGGCACCUGACGUUGACAUUAAAAAACCAGAGAUUGACAUUGCAGGCCCUGAUGCCAAACUGAAAGGACCAAAAUUCAAACUGCCAUCAAUGUCAGGACCCACAAUGCCAGAUUGGGAUAUCAAUCUGAAAGGGCCCAAAGUAAAGGGUGAUUUGGAUGUGUCAGUUCCAAAAAUCGAGGGAGAUAUAAAACCUCCCAAGGUCGAUAUUGAAGGACCAGAUGUUGACAUUGAGGGCCACAAAGGAGGAUUUAAAAUGCCUAAAUUUAAAAUGCCAUCCUUUGGGGUGAAAGGUCCAAAUGUUGAAGGGCCAGAAGUUGAUGUCAGUCUCCCAAAAGCUGAUAUUGAUAUUAAAGCCCCUGAAUUGGAUAUCAGAGGACCAGAUUUUGACAUUGAGAGUCCAAGUGGUAAAAUCAAAGGACCCAAAUUCAACAUGCCAACCAUUUCAGGACCGAAACUUUCAAUGCCAGAUGUUGAUUUCAAUCUGAGAGGACCCAAACUCAAAGGUGAUGUGGACUUGUCAGCUCCAAAGAUUGAAGGAGACAUCAAAACACCUGAGUUUGACGUCAAAGGUCCAAAGGUUGAUAUUGAAGGUCCGAAAGGUGGAUUUGAAAUGCCUAAAAUCAAAAUGCCAUCAUUUGGCUUCAAAGGUCCAAAAGUGGAGGGUCCAGAUGUUGAUAUAAACCUUCCUAAAGCAAACAUUGAUGUGAAAGCACCUGACGUUGACAUUAAAGCUCCAGAGAUUGACGUUGAAGGCCCUGAUGCAAAACUCAAAGGACCCAAAAUCAAAAUGCCUUCAACAUCAGGACCCAAACUGCCAGAUUGGGAUAUUAGUCUGAAAGGGCCCAAAAUAAAGGGAAAUGUCGAUGUGUCAACUCCAAAGAUUGAGGGUGACAUAAAAGCUCCCAAGGUUGAUAUUGAAGGACCAGAUGUUGACAUCGAGGGCCAAAAAGGAGGAUUUAAAAUGCCUAAAUUUAAAAUGCCAUCCUUUGGGAUGAAAGGUCCAAAUUUUGAAGGGCCAGAAGUUGAUGUCAGCCUCCCGAAAGCUGAUAUUAAUAUUAAAGCCCCUGAGUUGGAUAUCAAAGGACCAGAUAUUGACAUUGAGAGUCCAAGUGGUAAAAUCAAAGGACCCAAAUUCAACAUGCCAACCAUUUCAGGACCGAACAUUUCCAUGCCAGAUGUUGAUUUCAAUCUGAGAGGACCCAAACUCAAAGGUGAUGUGGAUUUGUCAGCUCCGAAGAUUGAAGGAGACAUAAAAACACCUGAGUUUGACGUCAAAGGUCCAAAGGUUGAUAUUGAAGGUUCGAAAGGUGGAUUUGAAAUGCCUAAAAUCAAAAUGCCAUCAUUUGGCUUCAAAGGUCCAAAAGUGGAGGGUCCAGAUGUUGAUAUAAACCUUCCCAAAGCAAACAUUGAUGUGAAAGUACCAGAUGUUGACAUUAAAGGACCAGAUUUUGACAUUGAGAGUUCACGUUGUAAAAUCAAAGGACCGAAAUUCAAUAUGCCAACCAUUUCAGGACCGAAACUUUCCAUGCCAGAUAUGGAUUUGAAAGGUCCCAAACUCAAAGGUGAUGUGGAUAUGUCAGUGCCAAAGAUAGAGGGGGACAUUGAAACACCUGACUUUGACAUCAAAGGUCCACAGGUUGAUGUCAAAGGGCCUAAGGGUGGAUUUGAAAUGCCCAAAAUGAAAAUGCCAUCAUUUGGCUUCAAAGGUCCAAAGGUGGAGGGUCCAGAUGUUGAUAUAAACCUUCCUAAAUCUAACAUUGAUGUUAAAGCACCUGACGUUAACAUUAAAGGGCCAGAGAUUGAUGUUGAAGGACCUGAUGCAAAACUCAAAGGACCAAAAUUCAAACUGCCAUCAAUGUCAGGACCCACAAUGCCAGAUUGGGAUAUUAGUCUGAAAGGGCCCAAAGUAAAGGGAGAUGUCGAUGUGUCAGUUCCAAAAAUCGAGGGUGACAUAAAAGCUCCCAAGGUUGAUAUCGAAGGACCAGAUGUUGACAUUGACAGCCACAAAGGAGGAUUUAAAAUGCCUAAAUUUAAAAUGCCAUCCUUUGGGAUGAAAGGUCCAAAUGUUGAAGCGCCAGAAAUUGAUGUCAGCCUCCCGAAAACUAAUAUUGAUAUUAAAGCCCCUGAGUUGGAUAUCAAAGGACCAGAUUUUGACAUUGAGAGUCCAAGUGGUAAAAUCAAAGGGCCCAAAUUCAACAUGCCAACCAUUUCAGGACCGAAACUUUCCAUGCCAGAUGUUGAUUUCAAUCUGAGAGGACCUAAACUCAAAGGUGAUGUGGACUUGUCAGCUCCAAAGAUUGAAGGAGACAUAAAAAAACCUGAUUUGGACAUCAAAGGUCCAGAGGUUAACACUGAAGGGCCUCAGGGUGGAUUUGAAAUGCCUUCAAUCACAAUGCCAUCAUUUAAUAUUAAAGGUCCAAAAUUGGAGGGUCCAAAUGUUGAUGUAAACCUUCCCAAAGCUAACAUUGAUGUGAAAGCACCUGGGGUUCACGUUAAAGCUCCAGGGAUUGAUAUUGAAGGCCCUGAUGCAAAACUCAAAGGACCCAAAUUCAACAUGCCAUCCAUUUCAGGACCAAAAAUAUCCAUGCCAAAUAUGGAUUUUAACCUGAAAACUCCCAAAGUCAAAGGAGAUGUGGAUGUGUCACCUCCAAAGGUUGAGCAAGUCAUAAAAACACCUGAAGUUGACAUCAAAGGUCCAGAGGUUGAUAUUGAAGGGCCAAAGGGUGGAUUUGAAAUGCCCCAAAUCAAAAUGCCAUCAUUUGGCUUCAAAGGUCCGCAGGUGGAGGGUCCAGGCAUUGACGUCAACCUUCCCAAAUCAAAUAUUGAUUUUAAUGCACCUGAUCUCGAUAUCAACCUAAAGGGAUCUAAAGUCAAAGGAAAGAUGGAUGCAUCAGUGCCCAAAUUGGAAGGCCAUAUCAAAGGUCCAAAUGCAAACAUUACAGUACCCACCGUUACUAUGGAAGGUAUGUCUACUGACCCUUUAAAGACAGGUGUUACAUUUCCCAAAUUCAAAGGUCCUAAGUUUGGAAUGAAAUCCCCAGACGUGGAGGGGCCUGAAUCCAUGGUUAAGACACCCAUGUUCAGUGUGGGAGCAAAAGGUUCCAAAACAGAAGUUAGUCUCCCAGAUACUGAAGCAAGUCUUGAUGCCCCUGAUAUUGAUAUCAAUGUAAAAGGGAAAAAGGGUAAAUUCAAACUUCCUAAAGUGAAAGGAAAGGCAAAGAAACCUGAUGUUGACAUAGAAACACCAGCAGUAGAUCUGGAUGUAGACACACCUAAUAUACAUGUCAAAGGUAGAAAGGUAAAGAAGCCUCUUUUUGGUAAGCUUCAUUUUCCUGAUGUGGAAUUAGAUAUCAAAUCACCAAAAAUGAAAGGCGAUGGAUCUUUAUCAGAAGGAUUGAAAUCACCUGAGAUAGAUUUGCCAUCUGCUAGCUUGAACACCACCAUUGAGGGUUCUGGUACUGACAGUCCAAAUCUUCAUUUGGAAGGGCCAGAUGUGAAAUUAAAGACUCCUAAUAUUAAAAUGCCAAAUGUGAACGUGUCUACUUCUGAUAUUGAUGCAAAUCUAAACAGACAAGGAGAGGCAGCCAUGUCUGCAGGUUUUAAAGGAAAAAAAAUAAAUGUGAAAGGUGGUGCAGAGAUUGAUGCAGGUGUUUCAGGGGGCAGUGCCACUGGUGGCCUUCAUUACCCAGAGGGUACUGUUACAUUUCCCAAAAUGAAGGUACCAAAAUUUGGUAUUGCUCUGCCUCAGUUGGAAGGGCAGCAAGGUGGAGGAAAUGUUGAAUCAGAACUUGCAGCUAGUGGAGGCAUAAACAUACAGUCUCCAUCUGUUAGUUCCCAAGUCAGUUCACAAAAUAUUGAGGUUCCCAGUCCAGAACUGAGGCACAGUGAAGGCAAAGUAAAGGUAAAGAUGCCAAAAUUUUUUGGCAAAUCAAAAGUAAAGGGCAGUAGUGCAGGUGACCUUCGGGGACCAGAGGUAGAACUGAGUACUAGUGGAAAAGGUGGUAAGGUCUCUAAAGACCUAAGUGUACAUACUGGUGAACUGAUGGGUGGGAAAUUUGAGUUAGAGGGUGACCCUGGACUCAGUGUGUCAACUAAAGCCAAGUCAGCCUCACUGGAUCUAUUUAAGAAAUCAAGGCAUCGGUCUUCUUCUCUGAGUGAUGAGGGGGGGCUUGCAGUUAGUUCUCCUUCAGGUCACUUAGAAGCUGAGGGUGGCGACAUUUCAUUAGACCUAGGAGGAAGCAAAGUCAAAGGAAAGAAAGGCAAGUUGAAGUUUGGCACAUUUGGAGGUUUUGGUUCAAAGUCAAAGGGGUCAUAUGAAGUGACACUUGGUGAGGACAGUGAAGCAGGAAUGGAAGGCAGUGCAGGUGUUUCUCUACCCUCUAAAAAAUCGAGAUUGUCUUCAUCUUCCAGCAGUGACAGUGGUUCAAGAGGUGGUUUCAGGUUCCCAAGACUUGAACUAUCUGUUUCACCAAAAAAAUGAUUAAUUAUGAGGCAAAUUAAACUCUCUCAUGUACACACAAAUACCCUCUCCUAAAAUGUCAAAUUCAUCAAACUCUUUAAAACCUAAGGGGUCAUACACAGUCAUCUCAAUACAAUUAACUACAAGUAAUUAUUUUUUUCAGUAAUUAGACAGGAGUGCAUGAGAUUGUUUAAAAUACCUUCAAACUGUAAAUAAGAUGAAUUUGUAUUGUAAUAAUAAAUAUUGUUUUUUGUACAUAGUCCAGAUUUAUUGAACAUAUGCCAUCUCACCAAAUUUUCACCAAUAGUUUAUUACAGGGUUUGUCAUUUUGUCCUAUUUCAUUUUAUCAAAUGAAUGUUGUUAAUGAACGGGUAUGGUAUAUUUGUAUCCAGGGGUCUAUUGCACAGAACAGAUAGUUACAAUAGUUAUUUUGAAGGAAAAUGUUAUUUGUACACAAAUAUUAAACAGUUACCAGUUUUUUAUGUAAGAAAUGAUUUUAUUUUCAAGCUUUUAUAUUAUAUAAUCAGUGCAGAAGCAUAGUGACGCAACAUAGAGCUGGCCCUUUAUAACACAUUCUAAAGAGUGAUGGUGUUGUAUAUACCAUAAUUGCAAAGACAAUCACUGUUUGGAAACUGUCAACUCUCUCAAGCGCUGUCAGUACUUUUAUUCACCCUUAAAUUCUGUGCUAAUUACCAAAAAUAUGCAUUUGCUUAAUUUGUUUCAAACAUGUUUUGUUUCCUAAUUCUGUGUCAUUUUACUUCUUACCUAUUUUAUGAUCCUCUGUAUUUUAUUUCCAUAAUUUCCCAUCACUCUCUCUUUGUACACAAACCUUAUGAUUACGUAAAAAAAUGUCACAAAUAAACUGUCCAUUUUUUAUGUCAUUUGUUUGCAAACAAAAUCUGUGUUGAUAGAGAGUUGAUGGAGAUAGAGUAUGAUUCUUUGGGUCUAUUCUUUUGUGUGCAUUCUGCCAAAUAAACUAAAUAAAAAGAUUUAUUGAAUUUA